UUAGAAUAGUAUAAACGCAUAUUUGAGAUUACACAUUUUAGUUCUAUACCUUAAUACUAUCUAUAUAGAUAAAUGACUUAUAUGUAAAAUAAUUUUCGGAUGAAAUUCAAAUUUUAAUUGCAUCAUAAGAGAUCAAUUUAUCGCGUUAGAUUUAUAUCUGAUUUGUAGUAUGUACUUCUGAGAACACUAUGGUUGUGUGUAUAUGUAUAUGUAUAAAUUUAGAGAAAGUAGUAUAGACACAGAUCGUGUAGAAUUAACCAUAAGUGAGCACCAUUGCACACGUGGAGAGGUUCUAACCUAAGCGGAUAUAUUUAUGAAUGUAAUUUCUAUUUAAGCAUAAUUUCCACAUAUAAAAAUGACUUAUAAAGUUAUAGUUGAUUCUAAAAAUCCUCCAACAGAUGCAUUGAUAGUAUUAGAGGUAAUCAAUUCCCAAAAUAAGGAAAAAAUUGAAAUAGUUUGGUGCAAUGAUUGGAAGGAUGAUGGAAAUAUACGACUAACUGAUAGUCAAAACAAAGUAUUGGGAAAAAGAAGCAGUGAUGUUAGUCGCUAUUUUGCUAGAACUACAUGUACAGAUCUUUAUGGUGGUGUCAAUCCUCGUGAAAAGACUGAAGUUGAUCAUUGGUUAUCAUUUGCAAUCGGACCUCUUGAAUUUUAUCCAUUAAAGGAAGAUGCACUCUCUUAUUUAGAUAACAUAUUAAUGACAAACACUUGGUUGGUCUCCAAAAAAUUAACAAUUGCUGACAUCCAUGUAUUUUGUACUCUUGUAGAUAAGAAAUUUUUGACACAAUUCGAAAAAAAAUUUAUUAAUAUAACCAGAUGGUAUAAACAGGUGCUUUCAUUAUCAGCUGUGACAAAAGCAUUACUUUUAGUUAAAAAGAAUGCUAAAUUAUCUCUUCAUAAUAAUGUACAAUCUGAGAAAACUAUUAAUAAACAAACAGGGCAAAGAAAGCAAGAAGGUAAAUUUAUUGAUUUGCCUGGAGCAGAAAUGGGUAGAGUCAUAGUACGUUUCCCACCAGAAGCAAGUGGCUAUUUACAUAUUGGUCAUGCUAAGGCUGCCUUGUUAAAUCAAUAUUAUGCACAAACAUUUCAAGGACAAUUCAUUAUGAGAUUCGACGAUACAAAUCCUGCAAAAGAGAAUGUAGAGUUUGAAAAAGCUAUUCUAGAAGAUUUAGAGUUACUGCAAAUUAAACCAGAUCGAUUUACUCAUUCUUCUGAUUACUUUGACUUAAUGUUGGAGUACUGUACUAAACUGAUAAAAGAUGGUAAGGCAUAUGUAGAUAAUACACCAGCUGAUAUAAUGAAAGAACAGCGUGAUCAGAAAUUGAUGUCAUCAAACAGAAAUAAUUCUAUUGAACAGAAUCUUGAAUUAUGGAAUGAGAUGCAGCAGGGUACAGUUAAAGGUCAGGAAUGUUGUGUUAGAGCAAAGAUUGAUUAUCAAUCUACGAAUGGAUGUUUACGAGAUCCAACAAUUUAUAGAUGCAAACCAGAACCACAUCCUCGUACUGGAACAAAAUAUAAGGUUUAUCCAAUAUAUGAUUUUGCUUGUCCUAUUGUUGAUGCUGUCGAAAACGUUACUCAUACUUUACGUACAACAGAAUAUCAUGACAGAGACGUUCAAUUUUAUUGGAUAAUUGAUGCCCUGGGAUUGAGACGUCCUUAUAUAUGGGAAUAUUCACGUUUGAAUAUGACGCACACAGUUUUAUCAAAAAGAAAAUUAACUUGGUUCGUUGAUCAAGGUUUAGUUGAUGGUUGGGAUGAUCCACGUUUUCCAACAGUAAGGGGUAUUCUGAGAAGAGGGAUGACAGUUGAAGGAUUGAAACAGUUUAUUAUUGCUCAAGGUAGUUCAAAAUCUGUCGUUUUCAUGGAGUGGGAUAAAAUAUGGGCAUUUAACAAAAAAGUUAUUGAUCCAGUUGCUACUAGAUAUACUGCUUUGGAAUAUAAUAAAAUUGUACCAGUGCAUAUAGAUGAUGCGAAGGAAGAAUGGUUAACCGUUCAAAAUCAUCCAAAAGAUAUAUCAAAAGGCACUAAACAAGUAUUAGUAGGAUCACAGGUAUAUAUAGAAAGAGAUGAUGCAAAUUUGCUAACUGAAGGUCAAAAUGCUACCUUCAUUAAUUGGGGUAACAUUUUAAUAAAAAAAAUUGAAAGAGAGAAUGAUGUUAUUAAACGAGUUGUAGCACAAUUAAAUUUAGAAAACAAAGAUUAUAAAAAUACAUUAAAAAUUACAUGGUUAUCAAUACCGUCUGAUAAAAAUCAUGAUGUUAGUAAAGUUAAUCUAAUUCCAUGCUACGCUGUUUAUUUUGAUCAUAUUAUAAGUAAAUCAAUAUUGGGAAAGGAUGAUGAUUACAAAGAUUUCAUUGCAAAAAAUACAAGAACAGAGAUACAAAUGCUUGGAGAAGUAGCAUUAAAACAUGUGGAAAAAGGAGAAAUAAUUCAAUUACAAAGAAAAGGAUUUUUUAGAUGCGAUGUAUCUUAUGCUCCUGUUAGCCCAUUUUCUUCUAGAGAACAGCCUUUAAUAUUAUUUCAAAUUCCAGAUGGCCAUACUACAAAUAUAACAAAAUCCAUACCUACUGGUAGUACACUAGCAUCUGUUAAAGAAAUUUCUCAAAAAAAUAAACAAACACUAGAUGCGAACUUAAUUAACGAAAAAAUUGUUGUACAAUUAGAAGAAAUUGGGACACCAGGUACAACUUUAAAUAAAUCGCAAAUGAUAUCUGAUGAAAAUAAAUUGUCUGAAAAUACAUUGUCUGAAAAUAUUAUACAACAAGAAAGCAGAAUUAAAAAAUUACAAUUGAAGAUAAAUCAAGAAAUGCAACAACUUUUGAAUUUAAAAACAGAAUAUAAAAAUAAAACUGGUAAUGAGUGGACUGGAGUCAAAAAUCAAAAUAUAACAAAAGAUAUAUUAACAGAAUCGCAUGCUGUAAGAUUAUAUAAUGAAAUUCAAAAACAAGGAGAUAAAGUAAGGCAAUUAAAAAGUUCGAAAGCAGAAAAAGGUGUUAUUGAUGAAGAGGUAAAAAAACUUUUGGCUUUGAAGUCGGAUUACAAAUCUGUUACUGGUCAAGAUUGGAAACCAUCUACUAUUCCAACAACUGAUAUGAUGAAUAAAGAAGAAAAUUCUGCUGACAAAAUAUCAGAAAGUAUACAAAAACAAGGAGAUAAAGUAAGACAAUUAAAAAGUUCGAAAGCAGAAAAAAGUGUUAUCGAUGAAGAGGUAAAAAAACUUUUGUCUUUGAAGUCAGAUUACAAAUCUGUUACUGGUCAAGAUUGGAAACCAUCUAUUAUUCCAACAACUGAUGUAACGAAUAAAGACGAAAAUUCUGCUGACAAAAUAUCAGAAAGUAUACAAAAACAGGGAGAUAAAGUAAGGCAAUUAAAAAGUUCGAAAGCAGAAAAAAGUGUUAUCGAUGAAGAGGUAAAAAAACUUUUGGCUUUGAAGUCGGAUUACAAAUCUGUUACUGGUCAAGAUUGGAAACCAUCUACUAUUCCAACAACUGAUAUGAUGAAUAAAGAAGAAAAUUCUGCUGACAAAAUAUCAGAAAGUAUACAAAAACAAGGAGAUAAAGUAAGACAAUUAAAAAGUUCGAAAGCAGAAAAAAGUGUUAUCGAUGAAGAGGUAAAAAAACUUUUGUCUUUGAAGUCAGAUUACAAAUCUGUUACUGGUCAAGAUUGGAAACCAUCUACUAUUCCAACAACUGAUGUAACGAAUAAAGACAAAAAUUCUGUUGACAAAAUAUCAGAAAGUAUACAAGAACAGGGAGAUAAAGUAAGGCAAUUAAAAAGUUUGAAAGCAGAAAAAGGUGUUAUCGAUGAAGAGGUAAAAAAACUUUUGGCUUUGAAGUCGGAUUACAAAUCUGUUACUGGUCAAGAUUGGAAACCAUCUACUAUUCCAACAACUGAUAUAACGAAUAAAGACGAAAAUUCUGCUGACAAAAUAUCAGAAAGUAUACAAAAACAAGGAGAUAAAGUAAAAAAAUUAAAGGAAAUUAAAACAGAUAAAAGUAUUAUUGACCAAGAAAUAAAAAUUCUAUUAGAUUUGAAAAAUAAUUAUAAGGCAUUAACAGGACAAGAAUGGAAGUCAAUACCUGAUAUGUCUAAGAAGAAAAAAGAAGAUAUUUCUAAACGCGAAAAACAGAAUACAUCUAAUAAAGAAAUAAGUAAAAAUGAAAGCGUGAAAGAUGUAGAUAUAGGUAAAACAAGAUUGGGAUUAGAAGCAAGAAAAGAAGAAAAUUUCUUUGAGUGGUAUUCUCAAAUUAUUACUAAAAGUGGUAUGAUUGAAUAUUACGAUGUAUCCGGUUGUUACGUUUACCGCCCGUGGAGUUUUGCUGUGUGGAAAAUGAUAAAAGAAUAUAUUGACAAAGAAAUAACACAAAUGGGCGUACAAGAAUGUUAUUUUCCUAUGUUCGUUACACGAACAGUAUUAGAAAAAGAAAAAAAGCACAUAGCAGAUUUUGCUCCUGAAGUUGCAUGGGUAACAAAAUGUGGAGAAUCAGACUUAGCAGAACCUAUUGCUAUAAGACCAACAUCAGAGACUGUAAUGUAUCCUGCUUAUGCCAAAUGGUUAAAAUCUGAUACUGAACUUCCUUUAAAACUUAAUCAAUGGAAUAAUGUUGUAAGAUGGGAAUUUAAAGAUCCUAAACCUUUCUUACGUACAAGAGAAUUUUUGUGGCAAGAAGGUCAUUCUGCUUUUGCUACUAAAGCUGAGGCUGAUGAAGAAGUCAUGAUCAUUUUAGAUCUAUAUGCAAGAGUGUAUGAAGACUUGUUAGCAAUACCUGUUGUUAAAGGCCGUAAAACGGAAAAGGAGAAAUUUGCUGGUGGUGACUACACUACCACCGUUGAAGCUUUUAUUUCAACAAGUGGCCGUGCAAUACAAGGAGCGACAAGUCACCAUCUCGGACAAAAUUUUUCUAAAAUGUUUAAUAUUCAAGUAGAGAAUGCCGUAGAGGGGAAUGAAAAAACAUUUGUCUAUCAGAAUUCAUGGGGCCUAACGACUCGCACGAUUGGAGUUAUGAUAAUGGUCCAUGGAGAUGAUAAAGGUUUAGUAUUACCACCAAAUGUAGCUUGUAUUCAAGCCAUUAUAGUUCCUUGCGGUAUUACAGCAAGUACAACGCCUCAACAAAGAGAAUUAUUGUUCUCUGAAUGUAAUAAAUUAUUGGAUGAACUUUCGAAAGAUUCGCUUAGAGUUAAAGCAGAUUAUAGGAGUAAUCGCACACCAGGUUGGAAAUUUAAUCAUUGGGAAUUAAAAGGUGUACCUGUAAGAAUUGAAGUAGGUCCUAAAGACUUAAACAAAAAUCAGGUCACUUUUGUACGUAGAGAUAAUUCUGAAAGAGUAUUUGCAAAAAGACCUGAUGUAGUCACAGCUUUGCAUACAUUACUGACUAAUAUACAAGCAGAUAUGCUUUCCAAAGCAAAAAAGAACUUAAAUGAGCAUAUUAAGCGUACAGAUAAUUGGAAUGAAUUUUGUUCUUAUCUCAAUGAAAAAAACAUAUUAUUAUCACCAUUUUGUGGAGAAUCAUCUUGUGAAGAUAAAAUUAAACGCGACAGUGCACGAGAGGAUAUGGGAGGAGAAAUUGGAACAUUAUCAAUGGGUGCAAAAAGUCUAUGCAUACCAUUUGAACAACCACCUUCAUCAGCAUCUUUUGAUAAACAAACAUGUAUCCACCCCGAUUGUCAGAACAAACCGCAAUUUUAUACACUUUUCGGCCGUAGCUAUUAAAGUAAUGUAAUAUGUAUACAAAAAUGAGACAAUUAUUACAAUAAAAAUUUCUUUAAACAACA